CUUCAACCACCGGACACAGUUUAUUUCCUGGUAUUCAAAAUGGAAGCAGUCGGACUAAAUUACCAUUAAACAUCGCGAAGCAUACCAGAAAACUCUACUUUUUCAGGACUGAACGAAUUUACUGCAUAGUGGAUUCGACUGUAGAAGCUAAAAUCACCGAGGAACUGCAUUGGGGCAAAAAUCGCGAGAACUGGUGGACGCCAGUGACUUGAAGUAGCUAGCGGAGUUAGCUUAGCUCUAACUCAACGCUAACUUGGCGUUAAAAUCGCACGUAACUAACUUCACACACGGAUUUUAGAUUUUCUUUUUGGCAUUUUUGUUUUACCAGAGUUCGGCACAAUGCGGAGAGGAGUCGGUACGGGGGCAAUCGCCAAAAAGAAGCGGGCGGAGGCUAAAUAUAAAGAAAGAGGGAGUGUUCUUGCAGAGGAUCAGAUUGUUCAGAUGUCAAAGCAGCUGGAGACCUUCAAGUCCCACCUGGAGGAGUUCGCCAGCAAACAUAAACAAGAGAUCCGCAAAAACCCACAGUUCAGGGUUCAGUUUCAGGAAAUGUGUGCCACCAUCGGCGUUGAUCCGCUCGCCUCUGGAAAAGGUUUCUGGUCUGAGAUGCUCGGUGUCGGUGAUUUCUACUAUGAACUCGGCGUUCAGAUUAUUGAAGUGUGCCUCGCCCUGAAACACAGAAACGGAGGGCUUAUUACUCUGGAUGAACUCCAUCAGAGAGUCCUCAAGGGACGGGGUAAAUACGCUCAAGAAGUCAGCCAAGACGACUUGGUGAGAGCCAUCAAGAAGCUGAAGGUGAUGGGGAAUGGUUUUGGGAUGAUUCCUGUUGGCGGUUCUUAUCUGGUCCAGUCAGUCCCAGCAGAACUCAACAUGGAUCAUACUGUGGUUCUACAGCUGGCCGAGAAAAAGGGAUACGUUACAGUGAGUGAGAUCAAAGAAAGUCUGAACUGGCAGAAGGAACGAGCCAGUCACGUCCUGGAUCACCUGCUGAAAGAAGGCCUGGCCUGGCUGGACUCUCAGGCAGCUGGAGAAGCUCAGUACUGGCUGCCGGCACUCUUCUCUGAGCUGAGCUCCCGUGACGUCUCACCAGAGGAAGCCAGUCAGAUGACGCCUUAGGAGGUGACGGAUGGAUGGACGUCUGAGACGUGUCGGUAAACAAAAUGUGCCUGUUAAGGAAGGAGAGGCUCAUGUGAUGGAGCUGGCUGCUUCUCUGCAGCUGGCAGGCCGAGCAAACUUCUUCGGAUUUCAUUUUUUUGGACGCAAGGAGGGAAAACGUUCCGAUGACUGACAUUAUUAUGGAGUCACUGGGAACAGCUUCAGGAGAAACUCGGUGUGUUGUUGCACUUUACGGGUCAUCGGGGAUAAUUCUCAAUGUACAAAAUAUAUAACUAAAGUUUUCAUGUAUAAACGUUUCAAGAAAAGCCAAUCGCA